AAAAAAAGUCAACUUAAUGACAAAUUUAUAUUUUUCUCUUUCCAAUUUUGAUUUGAUAGCUUAAUUUAAUGUAUUAUAGUAGUACAUAAAUAGAAAAUGCCAUUUCAAGAGAUUGCAUUGCUUUCAUGAAUAAUAUGGAUUUCUCAUUCACACUGUUUUUUCUAGUAUUAUUAGCCUUUUCAUUCCAAUUUUCAUCUUCUUCAUCAUCAUCAUCAUCACUUAGAAAAGGUUCAUCCCUCUCUGUAGAAAAUCCAGAAGAUAAACUAAUCUCACAUAAUGGUAUGUUCUCUGCUGGCUUUAUUUCCAUUGGUCAAAAUGCAUAUUCCUUUGCAAUAUGGUUCACAGAACCAAAUUCACUCAACCACAAAAACACAAUCGUUUGGAUGGCGAAUCGGGACCAACCCGUUAACGGAAAACGAUCAAAACUCACCCUUUUAAACACAGGAAACAUUGUCUUGCUUGAUGUUUCUUUAAACAAUGUUUGGUCUUCAAAAACAGCAUCAUUGGAACCAUUAGAGUUGCAUCUCAAAAAUGAUGGAAAUCUUGUGUUGCUUGAACUUCAAGGAACCAAAAUUUUGUGGCAGAGUUUUGAUUCUCCAACAGAUACUCUUGUUCCUGGUCAACCCCUUACAAGAUAUACAAAGCUUGUAGCUUCAAGAAGUGACACUAAUCAUUCUUCUGGCUUCUACCAGUUCUUCUUUGACGAUGAAAAUAUUCUCGGUCUUCAUUACAACGGUCGCGAUGUUUCUAGCUCUUACUGGCCAAAACCUUGGCUUCUAAGUUGGGAUGUUGGCAGAUCUAAUUUCAAUAGUAGCAGAAUUGCAGUGUUGGGUUCUUUUGGUGAGUUCUAUUCAUCAGAUAAUUUCACUUUUACUACUUCUGAUUAUGGAUCUGUUAUGCAAAGAAUAAUGAAAUUAGAUUCUGAUGGUGUUGUGAGAGUUUAUAGCAGAAUUAAUGUCUCACAGAAUUGGUAUGUUUCAUGGCAAGCCUUUUCUGGUACUUGCACAGUUCAUGGAGUUUGUGGAGCUAAUAGUACAUGUAGCUAUAGUCCUAAACUUGGAAGAAAGUGCUCUUGUAUUCCAGGGUAUAGAAUGAAGAAUCCUAAUGAUUGGUCUUAUGGUUGUGAGCCUAUGUUUGAUUUCACUUGCAACAAAAGUGAGUCAACUUUCUUAGAGAUGAAAAAUGUUGAGUUUUAUGGAUAUGACUUUCAUUAUAUUGAAAUUUGUAACUUUAGUACUUGUGUGGAUUUAUGCUUACAAGAUUGUAAUUGUAAAGCAUUUCAAUUCUCAUAUUGGGAGAAACAUGGCUUCUAUAGAUGUUUUACAAAAACACAGUUGCAAAAUGGAAGGUAUUAUCCCAUUUUCAAAGGAUCUACCUAUUUGAGAUUACCUAAAGGUAAUACUUUUUCUUUGAAACAAACUUCCAAUCCAAGCAACAACGAUGUUUGCUCUGAAAAACUUCAACGAGUUUAUGUCAACGAAGGUGAGAAUCAUUUUGUGAAGUUUUUUCUAUGGUUUGCCACCGCGAUCGGAGCUUUUCAAACGGUCUGCAUUUUCGUCAUUUGGUGUUCUCUAUUUAGGUCGAACCAAAAGACUUAUGCAGACCAAGAGGGCUACCAUAUAGCGGAUAUUGGGUUUAGAAAAUUUAGUUACUUGGAGCUAAAGAAAGCAACAAAAGGGUUCAGUCAAGAGAUCGGAAGAGGUGGAGGAGGUGUUGUAUACAAAGGCCUAUUAUCUGAUGAAAGACAUGCUGCAAUAAAGAGACUUUACAAUGCUCAACAAGGAGGAGAAGGUGAGUUUCUCGCUGAAGUAGGCAUCAUUGGAAGGCUUAAUCACAUGAAUUUGAUUGAAAUGUGGGGAUAUUGUGCUGAGGGAAAAUAUAGAUUAUUGGUUUAUGAAUACAUGGAAAAUGGUUCUUUAGCUGACAAUUUGUCAUCUAAUAAACUUGAUUGGAGUAAAAGGUACAAAAUUGCUUUAGCAAUAGCAAGAGUUUUAGCAUAUCUACAUGAAGAAUGCUUGGAGUGGAUUUUACAUUGUGAUAUAAAGCCACAAAAUAUACUUCUUGAUUCUAACUUUCAACCCAAGUUAGCUGAUUUUGGAUUGUCUAAACUCCAAAACAGAAACAACCUCAACAAUUCGAGCGUGUCUAUGAUUAGAGGAACAAGAGGGUAUAUGGCGCCUGAAUGGAUUUUCAACUUGCCAAUAACAUCUAAGGUUGAUGUUUAUAGCUAUGGAAUUGUUGUGUUGGAAAUGAUAACAGGAAAAAGUCCAACUACUGGUUUCAAAAUUGUUAAUGGAGAAGAGGAAAGUGUUGGAAGGUUGGUUACAUGGGUGAGAGAAAAAAGAGGGAGUAGCAUAUCUUGGUUGGAGGAAAUUGUUGAUCCUAAUAUUGGAUUAAAUUAUGAUAAGAGUAAGAUGGAGAUUUUAGCUAAAGUUGCUUUGGAUUGUGUUGUGGAUGAAAGAGAUUCAAGGCCUACUAUGAGUAGAGUUGUUGAGAUGCUUCAAUACCAUGGAAAUGAUUGAUGCUUAGUAAUAUUGUACCUUUUCAUUAUUUUUUAUUGUCAUUUUAAAUUUUUUAUAGCUAGUGGUAUGUGAAUAUGUAUAUUGUUUGUGUGUAUUUGGAUAAUAUGUGAAGAAUGUAUUUAAUUUUCAAAGAAGAUAUAUAUGAUAGAGGACCUAUUUUGGCUUUCAAUGUUUA